GUUUCUUGAAGUUUCGUGUUUUUUUAUCCGUUCGCAGUGGUUUGUUCACGCUUAGACCAAGACAUAAAUGAUUUUACCUUUGAUGCUCUCCUGGCGAGCAACGAUCUCAACGACACCAUUUUUAACGUUUCGUUAAAAUGGUGUCGGCAGCCCUAACCAUUUAGCCACUCACGCGUGGUUAGUGUGUCCGUAAACCAUCCAUGAAGCAAAAACCUGGGUACAAUUUAAAAAAGGAAUUUUAAAUAAUGGAAGUUUAAAGCGUUUUUUAUGUUUUUAUUUUCGAUGUCUAAUUGCGAUUAUUAGUUAAGCACGUUUUAAUAUUUCUUAAAGUAAAUCCUGCCUAACAACUACCAUCAUUAUGUUAAUUGUCCAAAUACCUUGAGGUGGCUGUUUGUAAUAUUAUAAAUUACUUUUUUAAUCGACUUAUCUUAAUUAGCUAUGUAAGUGGCUUACGUAAAAUAGGAGAUAACUGCUUAUUUAUAAAGUUAAGUGGAGACUUGUGUUUUUAGGAUAUUAGUAGAAACUCUGUAUAAAAAGUAACGUUUGUGCCUAAUUUCAAGCAAAAGUAAUUCACUAUUUUAUAAAUUUGUGUGCGCUGCGUGUUCCUAAGCAUUUCGACUGCAAACGUAACCUAGUUUUAUUUAUUAAGAAAAAAGUGUAAUUAUUACGUCAAUAAAUAUGGAUAACGAAACGUUUUGUGAUAACAGUGAAAUAUUUUUGGAAAAAGAGCUGUUGGCUCCGUACACCCACUUGCUGAAAGUACGCGGCAAGCAGCUGCGAGUGAAGAUUCCACUCGCCUUCAACCACUGGCUGCGGUUGUCAGAGGGCAAGCUGCGAGAAAUCGUGGAUACCGUCAACAUGCUACAUGUUGGAAGUUUGCUGAUCGACGACAUUCAAGAUAACUCCACUGUUCGACGGGGUCUACCAUCAGCUCAUUGCGUAUAUGGUCUACCGCUCACAAUCAAUACAUCGGUUCACGUUACUAACCUUGUUUUGAAACGAGUUUUGAAAUUAGGUCCUAAGGCAACAGAACUGUACACUGAUAUUUUCUUAGAAGUGAUCCGGGGCCAGGGCAUUGACAUUUAUUGGAGGGACAAUUUCAUCUGCCCGACGGAAGAGGAAUAUAAAAAUAUGGUCAAGCAAAAAACUGGUCACAUGUUCUUGAUGGCAGUACGCCUGUGUGAACAGUUCAGCGAAUAUGAACACGAUUUGCGCGAACUGGUAUUACAGAUGGGCCUCUACUUCCAGAUAAGGGACGACUACUGCAACCUUACGCAACAGGAAGCGCUAGAAGAGUGGCCGGGUUUAGAAGAUAAACAGGUAAACAAGGUGGACAGUUUCUGUGAAGACAUUACGGAGGGAAAGUUCAGUUUGCCCAUCAUACAUGCGAUGAAGACUUCGGAAGGCAAAGAGAUAUUGAGUAUUUUGAGGCAGCGGACUCAAGACGUACAGUUGAAGAAGUAUUGCGUGUCUUUAUUGGAAAAAGCCGGUAGCUUGAAGUACACACGUAACGUUCUUUCGGAGCUGGAUCGAUCUGCAAGAGCCGAGGUCGCUCGUCUUGGUGGUAAUCCGGCCAUGGAGGCAGUGCUGGAUGAGCUUUUGACUUGGAAAUAUUAACACAUUAAGUAACUUUAAUAUCUACUAUUGCAAAAAAUUUAAUCUUGCUCCCAUGCCGCGUAACUGAGAUUUAAUGUACAUUAAGAAAUAUUCGAGAAUUGUAUGGAAAUACCGCGUAAGUGACUAAGUGAACGAACUUUUUCAAAUAUUAAUUCUAUAAUUAUAAGCGUAGAAUGAGGCCAAACUCCAAUAAAAAAUAAGAAUCUGCGAAUUUAAAUCCUCGAGUCUGAAAUAAUUAUAAUGUUGCGGGUUCUAAAUUAUGUAUUUUAUAUUCUAUACAAUUGAAAGUAAAAAUCCUUUAAUAAAGAAUAAUGUUUAAGAGACAAAAAAAACUUAAUUUAUGUUAAGAUUAAUUUAUAUAGAGUAAACAUUUUUCGCUCUGUUGGUAGAAUUUAACAAAGUGUACUUACAAUGUUAGUUACGCGGUAUGCUAACAUUAACGAACAUGUUAUUUAUUUAUUUUAUAUGAAGUAAA